AUGUCCAUCACAGCGGAAAGGCAAACUCGGAGCUAUAUACCCGAGGACGCCCUUAUAUUUAGAGAAGAAGACAUCAAGGCCUUGGCCCAACCACAUGAUGAUGCACUGGUAAUUUCUUUUCUUUGGAAUAACGUUCAAAUUAAACGUGUGCUCGUGGAUCCAGGUAGCUCGGCCAACGUAAUCAGGUCAAAGGUGGUGGAGCAGCUGGGACUGCUCGACCAUAUCGUACCCACCUCUCAAAUCCUCCAUGGAUUCAACAUGGAAAGCGAGACAACAAAGGUAGAAGUCUCCCUCCCAGUCACCAUGUUCGGUACAGUUCAGGACACCAAGUUUCAUGUCAUCGAAGGUGACAAAGGGUACAAUGCCUUACUCGGAAGACCGUGGAUACACAACAUGAGGGAGGUACCAUCAACUCUUCACCAGAUGUUGAAAUUCCUAACAAAAGACGGUAUAAAAAUGGUGUACAGAGAACAAUGUGCAGCAAAGGAGAUGUUCGUGGUAAAUGACGUGGCACCAACAUCGACUCCCCCCGUCCAGGACGGGUCAGGAAACGGGUUGACCCCCGAGAAAUAG